ACAAAGAGAGCCUUUUUAUUUCCCGUUUAAACUGUCAGUGAACAAACACGCUCCAGACUUUGAAUGGCUUUAAAUUAUUUUUACAGUAAAUGCAACUCCUGUGAUUACAGCACCAUUUCCACCCAUAACACUUAAGUGUUAAAGUACUUCCUUUAUUGAACUAUUGUAAAUGGACUUAUAUUUGUACAGUAAAUGCCAGUAAAUCCUGUUAACAUGGCAUCGUCUCCACCUUAAGAUUAGCACCCAACUGCUAAAGCAGUUCCGCUCUGGGACUAAGAACCUAAGAACUUCUGGCUUUAAAACCACAGUAGGAGACAUUUCCUAGAGAGCAGCACGGGAUGAGCUUUGUUGGUUGGAGAAAUUUUUGUCACGGAAUCAUGCGACAGCCCGUCCCGAGCUUUUCCCAAGGGGUGUAGCAGCCUCUCCUCAGUGCAUUAAGUGGAAAAGGUGGGGAGGACAGGCUCAAGAGAGCACAUCUCCGCUAUGCCGGCCGAGGAACGCUGUAGUGCAGAGCGGUGGGAAGCACUCCAUCCAUGAGGCUGGAGAAGACCUCUGAGACCAUCGAGCCCAACCUGCCACCGAACGCCACCUCAAGCGGACCAUGGUACCAGUGUUUCCUUAAACACCUCCAGGACGGUGACUCCAUCGCUCCCCGGGCAGCCCAUUCCAGUGUCUCACCCCCCUUCCUGUGGAGAAAUUCCUCCUAACAUCCGACCCACAGCUCCCCCGGUGCAGCGUCAGGCUAUCUCCUUUCGCCAUAGCUUCGGACUACGUCCUCUCGGAAGAAGCGAGCUGCGUUCGUGGGCGCGGGGCCGGGCCGCGGGGGCUGGCAGGGACUGGGCAGGGACAGGGGCAGGAACAAGGGCAGGAUAAGGAGAGGGACAGGGACACGGCGGGGGUCAGGAGCGGAGCCGCCGGCGGAAGUGGCGGCCGUGCCCCACGCGCACGUCACGGCGCGGCGCAGGCGCGUGGCGGCGCUGCCGUGGCUCCCUCUCCUCUCAGCCGCCUCCCUCCCUCCGUCCCUCCCGCCGGGCCGCGGCUCCUCCCUGCACCACCUUUGGCCGAGUCGCGGGAGUGCGCAGACGGCGGCUCCUCGGCGGCAGCGGCUUCAUCCGCGCCGAGCAUCAGUCGGGAAGGCGCGUCCUCCUCCCCUGCCUCCUCUUCUCGCUGUCCCCGCGGCCAUGGAGCUGCCCGAGAGCCAGUGCAAGAAAGUCAAGCUGAGCAACAGGGUGCCGAGCUGGGGAAUGCAAAGGGCUACCAAUGUUACCUACCAAGCUCACCAUGUCAGCAGGAAUAAGAGAGGCCAAGUGGUAGGAACAAGAAGUGGUUUUCGUGGAUGCACAGUCUGGUUAACAGGGCUAUCUGGUGCUGGGAAGACUACAGUGAGUAUGGCACUGGAGGAGUAUUUAGUAUGCCAUGGUAUUCCGUGCUACACAUUGGAUGGUGACAAUAUUCGCCAAGGCCUUAAUAAGAAUCUGGGUUUCACACCAGAAGAUAGAGAAGAAAAUGUGCGUCGUAUUGCUGAAGUUGCUAAACUGUUUGCAGAUGCUGGUUUGGUGUGCAUUACUAGUUUCAUCUCUCCUUAUGCUCAGGAUCGUAAUAAUGCCAGACGAAUUCAUGAAGGGGCAAGUUUGCCUUUUUUUGAAGUAUUUGUGGAUGCUCCAUUGCAUGUCUGUGAGCAGAGAGAUGUUAAAGGACUCUAUAAGAAAGCCAGGGCUGGAGAAAUUAAAGGUUUUACUGGGAUUGACUCUGAGUAUGAAAAACCAGAAGCUCCAGAACUUGUGCUGAAAACUGAUUCCUGUGAUGUGAAUGAUUGUAUACAGCAAGUUGUGGAACUUCUUCAAGAGAGGGACAUUGUACCAGUGGAUGCCUCUUACGAGGUGAAAGAGCUUUAUGUGCCAGAAAACAAGCUACAGUUGGCCAAAACUGAUGCUGAGUCUCUGUUAACCCUGGAAAUAAAUAAGGUGGAUAUGCAGUGGGUACAAGUGCUAGCAGAAGGUUGGGCAACACCCCUGAAUGGCUUUAUGCGAGAGAGAGAAUACCUCCAGUGCCUUCACUUUGACUGUCUCCUUGAUGGGGGAGUUAUUAAUCUGUCAGUGCCUAUAGUGCUAACAGCUACUCAAGAAGACAAAGAGAGGCUCGAUGGGUGCACAGCAAUUGCACUGGUGUAUGAAGGUCGUCGCGUUGCCAUUCUCCGUAAUCCCGAAUUCUAUGAGCACAGGAAAGAAGAACGCUGUGCUAGGCAGUGGGGAACAACAUGCAAGGAGCAUCCCUAUAUUAAGAUGGUUAUGGAGCAAGGGAACUGGCUUGUGGGUGGAGAUCUGCAGGUCCUUGAUCGUAUUUAUUGGAAUGAUGGACUUGAUCAGUACCGUCUCACUCCAGCUGAACUAAGGCAGAAAUUCAAGGAAAUGAAUGCCGAUGCUGUCUUUGCAUUCCAGUUACGCAACCCAGUGCACAAUGGGCACGCUCUGUUAAUGCAGGAUACUCAUAAGCAGCUUCUGGAGCGUGGCUACCGGCGCCCAGUUCUGCUCUUGCACCCCCUUGGAGGCUGGACAAAGGAGGAUGAUGUUCCUCUUAUGUGGCGCAUGAAGCAGCAUGCUGCAGUACUGGAGGAGGGAAUCCUGAAUCCAGAAACAACCGUGGUAGCUAUAUUCCCUUCCCCCAUGAUGUAUGCAGGACCAACUGAGGUUCAAUGGCACUGCAGAUCACGGAUGGUUGCAGGAGCUAACUUCUACAUUGUAGGGCGAGAUCCAGCAGGGAUGCCACACCCUGACACUGGGAAAGAUCUGUAUGAGCCAACCCAUGGUGCCAAAGUGCUGACAAUGGCUCCAGGCCUCCGAGCACUGGAAAUAGUACCCUUCAGGGUUGCAGCUUAUAACAAAAAAAAGAAGUGCAUGGAUUAUUAUGACUCUGAUCACCACGAAGACUUUGAUUUUAUAUCGGGGACCCGCAUGCGCAGGCUGGCUCGAGAAGGACAAAACCCACCGGAAGGCUUCAUGGCUCCGAAGGCUUGGACUGUGCUGACAGAGUACUACAAAUCCUUGGAGAAGGCUUAGGCCUCUUAUUAACUGCAGAUCAACCUUUGACGCCUGAUUUAUUUACGAGAAGGGGACCACACAGUCACCAUUCAUGUUGCUUUGUUGUGGUGUCUGUCAGGAAGUUCUCUGAAAACAGACUCUUUCUUCCUAACUUAGCAUCAUUCUUUGCCUGCCCUUCUGGGUUCUAUUAUGUCCUGGCACCUAACUAGCUGCUGGUUUUAUUGUCUUCUCUUUUAUUACAGUUAAUAUUCUUGCAGUAGGAUUUUUAACUCUCAUAUUUUUUUUUUAUAUUUUACUGGGUCUGUCCUCAGUUCUGCAGCUGUUAAAUAGAUGCAGCUUUUUCAUAUGUUAUUUAAGGUGCUGGAUAGUGUCUGGUUUUAGUAGUUUGUAGGAGAAAAUGUAACAGUUAAUCCCUUAACUAUGGAUAGAUUAUCUAUAAAUCAAAAAAGUAAAGAAUGUUUCAAAACAUCUGUAAAAGUGUCUUAAUCUUUAUCUCAUCAUUAUCAUCUCCAGAAGCACUUAAAAUUUAUUUCUGACUAUAUGUAAUCAAAAAGCAUAAUAUUUCUUUAUGUAGCAUAAUUAAAAUUUUGCUUUCUUUGUUUAAUUUUGGAGUUUGAGUUGUAUGGUGAUUCUCUUCUGCUGUGGACCUAUAAAGAUGGCAAAGUAAUGAAUAAAAGAAAUUAUCUAGUUUUCAAUUUGAAUUGUUAACAAAUUCACAUAUUGUUUUUGUAUAUGCUUGCUGCCAUAGGUGUCAGUAGAGUAUGUUUUAUUUCAUUUGAUGUAACUUGCUGGUUUUUGAUUCCAGAUAUACUUAAUCAGCUGACUACAACUUUUUAAAAAGCAUGAUAGCCCAAACUUAAUUUCAUGUUUAAUUAUUGCAAGGAAAAUAAAGAAAAUCCUUAGA